UACGUUCACCAAGAACCCUUGUUUGGCAGGUGGAAAGUAGAGAUCUCGAGAGCUGCAUCAGCUGAGGAAGUGGGGGAAGAGAAGCCAAGCCAAGCACAGCACCACUGAAAAGAUCUUCAGCUUGAUCUAGCGGCAUCACCCCAGCAACCAGAAACUGCAAUCAAAAGACGAGGGCUGCAGCGGGGCAGGUGAAAGUGCAGCUCCUUACCUUUGGACAGAAGGCAGCCAAAUAAUUAUGCAGAGCAGAAGAGAAUAUCUGACCGAUGUAGCCAAAGGGUGGGAAAGGGACGUGUCCUUCCAUUAACAGGAAUGUGCCACAGUUUAUGCACUGGAAAGGGGAGUGCCAUGAGAGCUACUGAAAAGACUAUUUCUGCGGUUGUGUAUCUGUGUGGUUUUGCUCCUCUGCUGGGGCUGAAUUAGGUGGUACAGACCCCUUGGCCCAUCAGGUGUUGGAUAAAUAUUACUCUUUUUGUUUCCUGUACAAGGCUUACCUGAACUGAAAGACACAGCAGGUCUUUUUCAGAGAUACAAAGAAACUGAGAGAAUCUCCUGCCUUUCCCUUCGGCACCAGCCUGCUGUACCAUGGGAUGUAGGCAAAGCUCUGAGGAGAAAGAGGCCGCGCGGCGGUCCCGGCGCAUCGACCGCCACCUGCGCUCUGAAAGUCAGCGGCAGCGAAGGGAGAUCAAGCUCCUGCUCCUGGGUACCAGCAACUCUGGCAAGAGUACGAUAGUCAAGCAGAUGAAAAUCAUUCACAGUGGCGGCUUCAACCUGGAGGCCUGCAAGGAGUACAAGCCCCUGAUCAUCUACAACGCCAUCGACUCCCUCACGCGGAUCAUCCGGGCUCUGGCCACGCUCAAGAUAGAAUUCCACAAUCCCGACCGAGCCUAUGAUGCCGUGCAGCUUUUUGCCCUGACGGGCCCGGCCGAGAGCAAGGGCGAGAUCACCCCAGAGCUCCUGGGGGUCAUGAAGCGGCUGUGGGCAGACCCCGGUGUGCAGGAGUGUUUCUGUCGCUCCAACGAGUACCACCUGGAGGACAACGCUGCCUACUACCUGAACGACCUGGAGAGGAUUGCGGCGCUGGACUACAUCCCUACUGUGGAAGAUAUCCUCCGUUCCCGGGACAUGACCACGGGCAUUGUAGAAAAUAAGUUUACCUUCAAAGAGCUGACUUUCAAAAUGGUGGAUGUGGGUGGGCAGCGGUCGGAGCGCAAAAAGUGGAUCCACUGUUUCGAGGGGGUUACAGCAAUAAUUUUCUGUGUGGAGCUGAGCGGCUACGACUUGAAGCUCUAUGAGGAUAACCAAACAAGUCGAAUGGCAGAAAGUUUGCGUCUCUUUGAUUCCAUCUGCAACAACAAUUGGUUUAUCAACACUUCCCUCAUCCUCUUUUUGAAUAAGAAAGAUCUGCUGGCAGAAAAAAUCAGGCGCAUCCCCCUAACAGUCUGCUUUCCUGAGUACAAAGGGCAAAACACUUACGAGGAGGCAGCAGUCUACAUCCAACGCCAGUUUGAGGACUUGAAUCGCAACAAGGAGACCAAGGAGAUCUAUUCUCACUUCACCUGCGCCACUGAUACCAGUAACAUCCAAUUUGUGUUCGAUGCAGUGACAGAUGUCAUCAUUCAGAACAAUCUCAAAUAUAUUGGCCUCUGCUAAGAAUCCUUGGGCUUAAUCUGUUACCUGAAGUGAUUAAAAAAAAGCGGCUAACCACCUCCACUUCUAGUGGAAAAAAUGGGGCAAUGCUUAGAAACCCAAGGAGAGAAAAGGGGAAAUCUGAUGUAUGCACACAGAUCCUCUUAUGCCCACUUAACCUGCCACAUUAUCUUUCACAAAUAGAUAUUUUGGAGAUUAAAAGCCUCCUCUCCACAAAAUACAGCUCACUCCUGCCCCCUUCCCUAAAAACGUAAAUCCCAAACAGUAACAAAAAAGAGAUAGAGGCCUAACUCUGUGGAGAAGUUUUCACCACAGUCACUGCACUUUUAUUCCAUUUGUUUCAUUCCAUUUCCUACAGUGGGAGUGUUAUCAUAUUCUGUGUAAGAAAUAAUUCUUCAUCCAGUUGUCCUAAAAAUCAUUUUAUUGACAAGAAGAUAUAAAGCUGGUGAGUAAGAGAUGAACUCCUUUGCAGGGGGUGGAGCAGAAUGGUUGUGUUGGGGAGAAAAGCUAGUGCAAAUCUGAAGCUACAGAACAGCAGAGUUUAACCAAAACAUUACACAGUUGUAAAGAAUGGGAAUGAAUUCACAGUACUGGGACGCAGAGCCCGGCAGGAUAAACACACACACAAUGUAUACACAUGCACAUGAGUCACGGCAUAUACUAUGUAUACACUUCUGCUUUACUUUACUGUUUAUCAUGGACACCUUGCCUGUCUAAGGAAUUGUUGGUGCAUAACUGUUCUGUGAUUUCCAACCUGACUAGCAGCCCUUUCUGCUCUUUAAGGCUUCAAAAUAUGCAGCAAAACUACAUAAAAUGAGUCUAUGAAUAGGCCAAAUCAAGGUCAGUGUUUCUUCUACUGGUAAAGAGUUUUAUACAUCAAAACAGUCUUCUUUUACAUCUUUUUUUGCCAAAUCUUGUGGUGUUUCACAAAAAAAACAAACUCUAUAUUUAAGAAGUAGAUUAGUGUUCCUUUUUUAAUACAGAUACGAAAAAAUCACAAGGCGUUUUUUUAAUUAUUGUUGUAGUGUCUGGAUUGCUGAGUGUGAAAGUUGCCAACGGACAAUUCUGUUCCACUGCUCCCAACAACUCCUGGGAAAUACUGUAAUAUUGUAAUAGAUUUCCCAAGAAGCAGGAGCCAUUGAGAUUGUGUAGUAUAUAGCCUCCAAAGUCUUUUUUUUCUUUUUUUUUAAUUAUUUAAAAAAUGUGAUGUAUUAUUAGAAGGUUAAAGAUGAGCGAUAUGAACAAUAACUAAAUGUCUUGAUAUUUCAAUUUAAUAAAUUAUUUACAGUUUAGUGAAGUUAAGGAAACUGAGAGAUGCAUUCCUCAGCUCCAGGUUUCAUCUCAUAAAGAAACACUACUGGAUGGAGUAACAUUCCGGCAAAAUUAAAGUCUGAAUGUGUAAGAAGCUCUGUGGGACUAUACUGGAAAAUCUCAAAUGGAUCAUAUAGACCUAAGUCUUUGGUCAGUUGAUUCUUUCCCCUGCCAUAGAAAAGACUUCUUAAAGACUUGAGUGUAAAGUUGGUGUGUAAA